UUUUCCCCACAGAAACCUGCCGCCCAUUCACAGCAGAAAUGGCAAAGAUCUACAAGAAAUCCAGUGGCAAUGGCUCGAUCUCCCUCUACCUGGGGAAGAGAGACUUUGUGGAUCACGUGGACAGUGUGGACAUUGUUGAUGGUGUGCUGAAGGUGGACCCCUCAGAACUGGAGGGCAGGAAAGUGUGGGUGCAGAUGCUCUGUGCCUUUCGCUAUGGCCAAGAGGACCUGGAUGUGAUCGGACUGUCCUUCAGGAAAGAUAUCUGGAUUCAGCACAUACAGAUUUACCCGUCUGAAGGAAGUAAGCCAGCCAACACCCCCAUGCAGGAUGCCUUGAUGAAGAAAAUUGGGGACCAGGGCCAUCCCUUCACCUUCACAAUUCCUAACAACCUGCCAUGCUCUGUCACUCUACAACCAGGACCUGAUGACAAGGGCAAAUCUUGUGGUGUUGACUUUGAAGUGAAAGGGUACAUCGCCAAGGAAGCAGACAACCCGGAUGAGAAAGUAGAAAAGAAGGACACCUGCCGUUUGAUCAUUCGAAAGAUCCAGUUUGCUCCCGACCAAACAGGUGUGGGGCCCAAGGCCGCAAUCAGCAGGCAGUUCAUGAUGUCAGACAAGCUGGUCCAUCUAGAAGCUUCUCUGGGGAAGGAGGUGUAUUACCAUGGUGAUCCAAUCACAGUCAAAGUAAAAAUCAACAAUGAAACCAACAAAGUUGUGAAGAAAAUUAAAAUAACGAUUGACCAGACUGCAGAUGUGGUGCUCUACUCAGCUGAUAAAUACACAAAGUGUGUGCUGAAUGAGGAGGAUAGCGUCAAUGGCAAUUCAACAUUUGAGAAAGAGUACCAAAUUACUCCCUUGUUGGCAAACAACAAAGAGAAGCAUGGACUGGCCCUGGACGGAAAGCUAAAGGAUGAGGACACCAACCUGGCAUCCACCACAAUGUGA